GCGACCACAGAGAGGCACAAGGCUGCAGCUUUACGCACGGCGACACUUGUCAUUUUUGAUAAUAUACAUCCUCUGCUAUAAGAAGAUAUGUUGCUGCUGAGGACUUUCGCUCCCUGGCUGCUGUUGGCCUUCCUCGGGCAGCAGGUCUCUCCGUCCUCCGGUGCGCGCAAUAAGAACCGAGGAGCAGACAAGACCGUGACCCCGGCCCCCGACAGAGCGCAGAGGAGCGGGGACAAGUCCGCAGCGACCGGCCGGGGAAAGUUCUCCACCAAGGAUAAGAUGCAGUGCACGUGGGUGGCGAAAGACGUCGCGGACGCGGUAAGGAUGUCGGUCAAAUGCGAGAACCGGGAGGCGCGCGUCAAAGGCGGAGUCACCGAUCUGGAGUGUCAGUACAACGCCAAACCUGAGCGCUGCCCGGGCUACCAGUCCGACCCCAAGGGCUUCUGGAAACAGGUGGCCCGCGCGCUCAAAAGGCUGCAGGGCAAAGUGUGCAGGGAUGAGCGCGCGCUGGUGAGGGCUGGCAUGUGUAAGCGCGCGCCCCGGGAUGCGCACUUCAAGCUGGACGUCAGCAGCUCCGUUUCCGCAGCGCAGUCCGGUGACACUCCGCCGCUACCUCUCUCCACCUCCUCCUCCUCCUCCUCCUCCGCCUCCGCCGCUCCCGCUCCCGCCGGUCCGACCGCCUGCACGCGCGCGGACCACCGGAGAAAGGCCGAAGAGCACUGCAGCAGCUCGUGGGCCAGCCUGUGCUCUUUCUUUUUCUCCAUGCUGCAAAGUGACGACUGUUAGUUUCAGAGGAGCGGACGUGGACAUGAUCAGACUUUAAAUUAGGACUCAACAAAUGUAACGAUCCUUAAUCAAUAAUAAUAAUCCGAUAUUCUCUCCACAGUGUGCAUUUUUACAGAUUGUACACACACACACACACACACACACACACACACCAACAUGACAUGUGUACUCCUGCUGGAUAUUAUCAGGUGUUUUGAAUGUGACAAUCUGAACUGAAGAUGUUUUAUGUCCAUUAAAUGUAGUAAUUUAU